ACCAUCAAAUUCUUUACCGGGAUGUAUUCUUGACUCCAUAACGAAUUAUUUUUGUUUAUUAAUUAUUAAAUUAUUUUGAAACUGUCAUCAAAAGGUUGUCAAAUUUGACAGUUAUGUUUUUUGUUUACAUCAUAAAUCGACUUUUGGGGCUCAUUUUUUCAUUGUAAACUUGAUUUUCGAGCUCCUAGUGUCCUGGGGCUCCACUAAACCGUUUCUGUUUACCAUAAAUUGGGGCUCUUCAACAUUGUUUACCUUCGAUAUAUCUGUCAAACUUUGACAGCUGUCACCACCGAUCAGCUGUUUUUGUUAUUAACUUUUUUAAUAACUUUUAGGCCCCAGUACUGUUAAAACCCCCCAUUCUGAAGCCCUAAAAACCAUCAAACUCUUUACCCGGAUGUACUUUGGAGUCGAUAACGAAUUAAAUCGGUGCCUCACAGUAACAAUGUGACAAACAAUGACUAAUCCACCCAAUAAGAGAGCGAAAAACUGGCUAAAAUGCCUUAAAAUGGCCAAAGAAGGCUCCCAGGACGCGCCCCAAAGAGACUCCGCCCUCCGUAGAUCGUUUAAAGGUUGGCACAAGCGUAUGAAGCAUUUGUUUUCCGGUAGUACGGUGGAGGAUAGUCCCGUUGUAACACCCCCCGCUGUGACCCCACCACCCAUUCACGGCCCCAAAGACGACAUAUCAGAGUUGGCCUUGAACGUGUGGUACUGGGGCCCCGUCAGCAAAGCCCUGGUGGAGCAGAGGCUCAAGGGGGCCCCCGACGGUGCCUUUUUAGUGAGGGAUUCUGCCUCCGAAAGGCACGUUUUCUCUAUAACUUUCCGUAGUGUGGGUAAAACCCUGCACGCAAGGAUCGAACAUACACAAACGGGGUACAAAAUGUUCGGCCAUCAAGGCUUCAAGACCGUUAAGGAUUUAAUAGACGAUGCCCUAAGGAUAUCCUUGGAAAAGGGGCUCUUUUGUUAUACCAAGGGCCCCGAUGACUCACCGAACUUCCCGGUGCGACUGUUGACCCCGGUGUCCCGUUACGAGGAGGUGAGGAGUUUGCAGCAUUUAGCUCGGUUCAUUAUCAGGCAACAUAUAAGUAUCAGUGAGGUGGACAAGUUGCAUUUACCGCAAUCAGUAAUUUCCUUUUUAAAAGAGGAAGACUACUUCUGACCAGUGAUAUUAGUGUGUACAAUAGAAACGCUUAAGAACAAAUAAAAUACUUUAUUAUUACGUUAACAAUCA